AUUAGUUGAAUAUAGAAAUAAUUGUUGGUGUGCACUUUUCCCACUUGGCACACAACAAAGCACAAACUCCCGGAGCCGCGUGUAACAAACACGUGACAACCGCGGGCGCGUGAAUGUUGCUUCAACCUCCCCGUAGACCCAGUGGCAGUUUUAUCUCUUUAAAUCCCCACCGUCAAAAGACCAAAAGAGUCGUCACAUCUGACGGUUCAUAAACGAGACACGUGUACACCUAUGUCGUAGGAGCAACAAAUUUUUCAACCUUUUUAGAUUAUAAAGCAACACAAAGAUCGUUCACGGCCAGUUGGAAACCUCACGCAUAUAUUUUUUUUUUAAUUUUUUUUUUCUGUUUCUCUCUCUAAAAAAAUUUCCGUUUCUCUCUCUAAAAACAAUUGCGUUUCUAUCUCAAAUCUCCCCUUUUAAUGGCGACAACCACAAGAAUCAACACAGUUGCUUAACAUAGAUCCCUUCUCCAACCAUUGAUAUACACGGGGAAAAAAAAAUUAAUCAGUUUUUCCGUUGGAAAAUGUCUUCCGGAUUCAGCGGCGGCGUGCCGGAUUUCUUCACCGGCGGCGGGAGAUCGACGAGCAGGAACAGUGGUUUCAAUUCCAAUCUCAACGCGGAGCAGCAGUUUCCUUUUCCACCGCCGCUUCCCGGAAUUAUGCUGGAGCCGGCAGGCCAGAUCCGGCGACCUAAUUUCAUCGGAAAGAGAUCACUCGCGGAUUUCCAGCAGCAAAGUCAACAAGGAUUAGGGUUUUAUCUGAGGAACGUGAAGCUGAGGCCUAAUUACCAGCAUGCAUCGGUUCCCUCAAUUUCGCCGGAAGUUUCUCCGAUUUCGAAUUCUAUGAACUCGCGGUACGGGAUUCCGAUUGUUCAGCAACAUCGGCUUCAACAGUUGACUCUGCCGAACAGAAAUGUUAACAAGUUGUGUACGAGUUUUUUCUCACCAAAUUUGGCUGGGAACGACGGGAAUUUUAAUACGGGUAUAGGUCUUCCGGGUUCGGGUUCGGGUUCGGGUUCGGAUGUUUUCGGGUACGAGGCUGAGAAGAAGAUGAUGAGUCAUAGGCUACAGGAACUGGAAAAGGAGCUGUUGGGGGAUGACGACGACGGAGAAGCGGCUUCCGUCGUUACCAGCAGCGAGUGGUCGGAGACGAUCCAGAAUUUAAUUUCCCCCUGCAAUCAGAAAUCAAUUUCUCUCUCUCCAUCUUCUUCUUCCUCCUCGUGUUGCUCCACUUCAGCUUCUCCUCCAAUCCCCUGCACCAGACAAUCAUUCGUAGAUGCGGCCGCCGCUAUUUCCGACGGAAACAUGGAAUCCGCAGCCGAAAUCCUCACGCGCCUCCAGCGGGUGGCGAAUCCGAGGGGUACCUCCGAACAGAGGGUCACGGCGUACAUGGUUUCAGCCCUCAAAUCGCGUAUGAACCCCACGGAGCACCCUCUGCCGGUGUCGGAGCUUCACGGCAAGGAACACACCGUGUCGACACAAAUGCUGUACGAUGUCUCGCCGUGUUUCAAGCUCGGUUUCAUGGCCGCCAACCUGGCAAUCCUCGAGGCGGCGUCGGAGCAGGGGCUUCACAGGAUCCACGUGGUGGAUUUCGACAUCGGUCACGGGGGGCAGUACAUGCACUUUCUCCACGCGCUGGCGGCGAAGAAGCCCGACGACAGACGCGCCGCCGUGCUUAAGAUCACCGCCCUCGCUGAUCCCGUCUCCGGCGACGAGGAGAAGCUCAAAAUCGUUGGGGAAAGGCUCAAAGCGUUGGCCGACAAGAUCGACGUCUGUUUUAAAUUUUCGAUCAAGAACUUGAAUUUUGACGGUCUGAACCGGGAGGAGUUGGGAGUAGAGCCGGCGGAAGCCCUCGCCGUGAACUUCGCGUUCAGACUGCACAAGCUGCCAGACGAGAGCGUGACAACUGAGAAUUUCAGAGACGAGAUGCUCCGCCGCGUGAAGCGGCUCUCUCCGACGGUGAUGACGGUGGUGGAGCAAGAUAUUAACGCCAACACCGCCCCACUAACGGUGCGCGUCAGAGAAACCUGCGAGCACUACGCUGCCCUGUUCGACUCGCUGGAGGCGACGGUGCCCCGAGAGAACCCGAACCGGGUCAGGGUCGAGGAGGCGCUGGGUCGGAAAAUGGGCAACUCGGUUGCGUGGGAGGGGAGAGACCGCGUUGAAAGAUGCGAGGUUUUCGGCAAGUGGAGGGCCCGAAUGAGUAUGGCCGGGUUUCAGCCCGUUCCAAUGAGUCAACCCGUUGCCGAGUCGCUCCGGGCCAAGCUAAACUCGGGUACACGUGGCAACCCGGGAUUCACCGUGAACGAGGAAUCCGGCGGCAUAUGCUUUGGUUGGAUGGGACGCACAAUCGCCGUCGCAUCCGCUUGGCGUUAAUUAAUUAAAGUUUGAUUAAAAACGUGAUUAAGUUAAUGUAACUGUUGUACUAUGUUUGUAUUAGCGUUUACUCGUGACCCCACACCAAAGGAAGGAACAAUAUUAAUAAACAUAGUGUUACUUUGGUGUUUAUAUUA